UCGGUAGUACGCCACCUCGCACUAUAUGCCAGCCUCCGUCACUCUCUGAUUAGCUCUCUCUCGAAAGCACUGAAACAGAGACCUUUUGGAGUUGUUCAUCUCUCCUUUUUCUGGAAAAUCAAACUGCGAAAUCAUGAUCGGAUCAAGCCUUCAAGGUUUAUAAUGAAGGCUUCCAGUUUGGCUAUUGAAGGGAUAAAUAACGCUCUGAUUCAGUUUUUAUAAGAUAUAUUGGUUACAAGGUAUUUUCUUAAUGGGGGGAGCUUGUUCUAGGAAGAGAGACCACCAAGACGAUGUUGACGAUUUUCAGAGAGGGUUUUCUAGAAGAUAUUCUAAAAGUGGGAGUUCAAAGUGGUUGGCAACCUCCUUCACCCGCCCUGUUAUGGAUAUUCAACCAGACACAAGGAACGGUCCUUCUCUCAUGGACUCUAAGAAAAGACUUAGAGUACUUGGAUCUAACGGAGGGCAUGACACAAAACCGAGCGCAAUGGCGUUCUAGGAUUCAUAUAGCCGACCCCACUUAGUGGGAAAAGGCUUUGUUGUUGUUGUUGUUGUUGGGACUGAGGUUCACUAUAUUUUGGCUUAUUGCAAUUGUUGCUUUGAUUUACAGGACAUCAAUAAAUUUAACACAUUCUCCAUGCUCCCAAGAGAUAUUAGUCAACAGAUCAUUAAUGAGUUGGUGUACUCCGGAUGCCUCACUGAUGUUUCUUUUGAAGGUUUUCGUGAUUGUGCUUUGCAGGAUCUUUACUUGGGGGAAUGUCCUGGUGUAAAUGAUAGUUGGAUGGAUGUCAUCUCCUCACAAGGGUCAUCUUUACUCUCUUUGGAUCUCUCUGGUUCUGACGUUACUGACAAUGGGUUAAUUUAUCUUCAAGAUUGCAAAAGUCUCCAAGCAUUAAAUUUUAAUGAUUGUGACCACAUAUCAGACCAUGGCCUGGAACGCAUCAGUGGUCUGUCCAGCUUGACAAAUUUGAGUUUUAGAAGAAACAGUGCAAUUACUGCUCAUGGAAUAAGUGCGUUUGCUAGUUUGAUUAACUUGAUGAAGUUGGACUUGGAGAAAUGCCCUGGGAUUCAUGGUGGACUUGUUCAUCUACAAGGCUUAACAAAACUAGAGUCUCUUAAUAUCAAAUGGUGCAACUCUAUAGACGAUGCUGACAUGAAACCUCUCUCAGGGCUUACAAAUUUGAAAUGCUUACAAAUCUGCUGCAGUAAGGUUACUGAUUUUGGCAUUACUUACUUGAAAGGUCUGCACAAUCUUUCUCUUUUGAACUUGGAGGGAUGCCCAGUUACUGCCGCAUGCUUGGACUCACUUGCAGCUCUUGAUGGCCUGCUAUAUCUAAAUCUGAGCAGAUGUGAUCUGACUGAUGAAGGAUGUGAGAAGUUCUCCCGAUUUGAGAACUUAAAAGUAUUAAACUUGGGCUUCAAUGACAUCACCGAUGCUUUUCUGGUGCACUUGAAAGGUUUGACAAAUUUGGAGAGUUUGAACCUGGAUUCAUGUAAGAUUGGUGAUGAAGGGCUGGUUAACUUGACAGGCCUUCAACAUUUGAAAAGUUUGGAGUUAUCAGAUACUGUUGUUGGAAGCGGUGGGCUUCGCCAUCUGUCAGGUUUGAUUAAUCUUGAAAGUAUAAAUCUUUCCUUCACUGCUGUUACCGACAGUGGUUUAAGAAAGCUGUCUGGUCUCUUGUCUCUCAAAUCCCUUAAUUUGGACACUCGCCAAAUUACAGAUUCUGGACUGGCAGUGCUUACAAGUAAGCAUGGCUUGACUGGAUUGACACACCUGGAUCUAUUUGGAGCUCGAAUUACAGACUCUGGAACAACCUAUCUGCGAAGCUUUAAAGAUCUGAAGUCCCUAGAAAUAUGUGGUGGAGGACUGACGGAUGUUGGAAUAAAGAAUAUUAAAGAUCUUUCAUCCUUGACCCUAUUGAAUCUAUCACAGAACUGCAACCUGACCGAUAAAACCUUGGAGUUGAUUUCUGGGUUGACAGGAUUGAUCUCUUUAAACGUAUCAAAUUCUCGUAUCACAAAUUCUGGACUUAAGCAUUUGAAAAUGCUGAAGAAUUUGAAAUCUCUGACAUUGGAGUCCUGCAAGGUAACAGCAAACGAAAUAAGGAAGCUUCAGAUGACUGACCUUCCAAACCUGGUAAACUUCCGCCCUGGAGGUAAAUGAAAUUCGUAACAUUUAAGCUUCUGGCAGCAUGGACAGACAACUGUGUAUAUAAAAACACUAUGGAAAGAAGACAUCUGGUACUUGUGUAUAUGGUUGGACGUGGAUGUGGUUUUCCAAAUGUCUAUAGAACUACGGAUUCAGAAAAUAAUUUGCUCCGUUUUCAUGUGAAGCUUUCUUCUGUCAUCGAAUUCUCAUGGAAGAUAGUGUGGAUAAAGCUUUCCUCCAAUGUCUAUUUUGUCGAGUCCCAUCCUACGUUUUUAGUGUAGAAGGCGAUCAUUUGUUAAGACAGACUUGUUUAUUUAUAAAUAUUUAUAGGGAACUUUAACGAAAA